AUGCUUUUGUUCCAUCUCUCUCUUCCAGCUGAAUCUUGCGGUGGCGUUGUCCAAGGCCUGAAUGGCACGAUAGAGUCGCCUGGUUUCCCCCACGGCUACCCCAACUACGCCAACUGUACGUGGCUGAUAAUAACGGGGGAGAGGAACCGGAUCCAGCUAACCUUCGUCACGCUGGCGCUGGAGGAAGACUUUGAUAUUGUAUCAGUUUACGAUGGACAACCAUCGCCUGGCAACUUGAAAAUGAGGUUGUCGGGAUUCAUGCUGCCUUCCCCUAUAGUCAGCAGUGGAUCUAUAUUGGCCUUGUGGUUUACCACAGACUUUGCCGUCAGUGCUCAGGGCUUCAAAGCUGUGUAUGAAGUCCUGCCGAGCCAUACAUGUGGCACCCCCGGCCUCAUUCCAAAUGGCAUCAUCCAUGGUUCGAGGUACAACAUGGGGGACAAGAUCCGCUAUAGCUGUGAGUCAGGGUUUGUUUUGGAAGGACACAGCAUCCUCACAUGCAUUGUAUCACCUGGCAGUGGAGCACAGUGGGACUUCCCUUCACCGUUUUGCAGAGCGGAGGGAGCAUGUGGCGGCACAUUACGAGGCACCGCGGGUUCAAUAACCAGUCCCGGUUAUCCUGCAGAGUACGACAACAACCUGGACUGUACAUGGUCAAUCCUCGCUGAACCCGGGGACACCAUUGCUCUCGUCUUUAACGACUUCCUAUUAGAAGACAAAUACGACUUUCUGGAUAUCAGUGGGACAGACGCGCCAAGCAUAUGGUUGACUGGAACAACCUUGCCCUCACCGGUGAUAUCGAAUAAGAACUGGCUUCGGAUACAUUUUACCUCAGACAGCAACCAUCGAAGGAAAGGAUUCAGUGCUCAAUACCAAGUCAAGAAAGCAAUCGAGCUGAAGUCCAGAGGAGUGAAGAUGAUGCCAAGUAAAGACUCAAGUCACAAAAAUGCUGUCUUGAGUCAGAGCGGCCUCGCUGGAGACGUGUGUCCAGAUCCUGGAGUUCCAGAAAAUGGCAAGAGGAUGGGUUCCACCUUCCAAGUUGGCUCCAGCGUCCAGUUCAGCUGCGACGACAGCUAUGUACUGCAAGGAUCUAAAAGUAUCACCUGCCAGCGAGUCACUGACACACUGGCAGCCUGGAGCGACCACAGACCCAUCUGUAGAACUCGCACCUGUGGCAGCAACCUAAGGGGGCCCAAAGGGGUCAUAACUUCUCCUAACUACCCUGUUCAGUAUGAGAACAACGCGCACUGUGUGUGGGUCAUCACUGCAAUGGACUCUGGGAAGGUGAUAAAGCUCUCCUUUGAAGAGUUUGACCUGGAAAGAGGAUACGACACGCUCACCGUGGGCGACGGGGGGAAGAUAGGAGACACUCGGCGAGUGCUCUACGUACUCACUGGUUCCAGCGUUCCUGACCUCAUCGUCAGCUUGUCCAAUCAAAUGUGGCUUCAUCUGCAAUCAGACGACACAAUCGGCUCGGCGGGGUUUAAGGCCGUCUAUGAAGAAAUAGAGCGGGGCGGCUGCGGUGACCCCGGGGUGCCAGCGUUUGGGCGUCGCAGUGGCGAUCGCUUUCAACAUGGUGACGUGUUGACCUUCUUUUGCCAGUCAGCCUUUGAACUCGUGGGAGAAAGGACCAUCACGUGUCAGCACAACAACCAAUGGUCGGGGAAUAAACCCAGCUGUGUCUUCUCAUGUUUCUUCAACUUCACGGCUCCUUCGGGGACAAUAUUGUCCCCAAACUACCCGGAGGAAUACGGGAACAACCUGAACUGUGUGUGGUUAAUUAUCUCUGAACCAGGAAGUCGAAUUCAUCUUCUCUUCUCUGACUUUGACCUGGAGCCACAGUUCGAUUGGUUGGUGGUCAAAGAUGAAGGUCUGUCUGAGCCAACGACGUUUGGAACGUUCUCAGGGAAAGACGUCCCGUCACAGAUCGCCUCCAAUGGACACAUCAUGAGACUGGAGUUCCAGUCGGAUCACUCGAACACGGGGAAAGGCUUCAAUAUCAGCUACACGACAUUUGGUCAGAACGAAUGUCACGACCCAGGUGUUCCCGUCAAUGGUCAGAGGUUUGGUGACCAGUUUCAGCUGGGCAGCUCUGUGGCCUUCCGCUGUGAUCAAGGAUUCAUCAGAACACAGGGAUCAGAUCAGGUGAUGUGCAUCAUUCAGGACGGAAAUGUUGUCUGGUCUGCAGCUGUACCUCGAUGUGAAGCCCCAUGUGGAGGCCAUCUCACAGCUGCCACUGGUGUUCUGCUGUCUCCUGGUUGGCCUUCCUUUUAUAAAGACUCUCUCACUUGCCAGUGGGUGAUUGAAGCCCAGGUCGACCACGCUGUGAAAAUAAACUUCGACAGGUUUCAGACUGAGGUCAACUAUGAUACACUGGAGAUCAGGGAUGGCCCCUCCACCUCCUCCCCACUGAUUGGCGAAUACCACGGCACCCAAGCACCUCAUUUCCUGAUUUCCACGUCCAACUUCCUGUUCUUGUUGUUCACCACAGACAACAGCCGCUCGGCAGCAGGCUUCAGCAUCAGAUAUGAAAGUGUGACAAUGGAGUCAGACUCUUGUCUCGAUCCUGGUAUCCCAGUCAACGGUCGUCGCCAAGGCAGCGGCUUCUCCAUUGGCUCCCAAGUCUCAUUUACAUGUGACGCCGGAUACACCCUGAGCGAUCAGGAGCCAAUCGUGUGUGAGCAGAAUCAUCAGUGGAGUCACGCUCUUCCCAGUUGUGAUGCUCUUUGUGGAGGCUAUGUUUAUGGUAAAACUGGGACUAUUCUGUCUCCUGGCUUUCCUGACUUCUACCCUAACUCUCUUAACUGCACUUGGACUAUAGAGGUGCCUCAUGGGAAAGGAGUCCAUCUGGUUUUCCACACUUUCCAUUUGGAGGAGAACCACGACUACCUGACCGUCACCGAGGAUGGGAAUUUCCUGAUCCCAGUGUCUCGACUCACUGGCUCUGUGCUGCCCCCUAGUGUCAAAGCAGGACUUUUUGGGAACUUCAGUGCUCAGCUACGAUUUAUAUCAGAUUUCUCCAUGAGUUAUGAAGGCUUUAAUAUCACUUUCUCAGAGUACGACUUGGAGCCAUGUGAGGAUCCAGGUGUACCGGCAUUCAGCAGGAGGAUGGGAUUCAGAUUUCGAGUCGGUGACUCGCUGGCAUUCUCUUGUUUCCAUGGCUACCGACUCGAGGGAGACACCAAGAUCACGUGUCUGGGAGGAGGCAGACGAGUCUGGAGUAACACACUACCUCGAUGUAUAGCUGAAUGUGGAGCCUCCUCGCUUGGACCAGAAGGCAUUCUCCUUUCUCCAAACUUUCCUUCCAACUACGAUAAUAACCAUGAGUGCAUUUACCGCAUCACCACUGAAAAGGGCAAAGGAAUCAGGCUGAAAGCUGAGAGCUUCUUGUUGCAAGAUGGAGACUAUCUCAAAGUAUAUGAUGGAGAGAACACUUCAUCCCGUCUCCUUGGCAACUUCACACGCGACGGCAUGCUGGGUCAUGUCAUCAACAGUACGUCCAAUCACUUGUGGCUGGAGUUCAACAGCAACGCCUCUGGAACGAAUCAAGGCUUCCGCCUCUCAUACACAAGUUUUGACUUGGUGCACUGUGAGGAACCAGGUGUCCCCAGUUAUGGCUACAAGAUACAGGACGACGGUCAUUAUGCCAACACGUUUGUCCUCUACUCCUGCAACCCUGGAUACAGUCUCCAUGGCAGCAGCACACUCACGUGUCUCAGCGGGGACAGACGUGUCUGGGACAAACCACUUCCUUCCUGUCUUGCUGAGUGUGGAGGUCACAUCACUGGAGCGGUGUCUGGACGGAUACUGUCUCCGGGAUAUCCUGCUCCUUAUGACAAUAAUCUGCACUGUACCUGGACAAUAGAGGCUGACACAGGCAAGACUAUCAGUCUCCACUUUAUCGUCUUUGACACCGAGAUCGGCCACGACAUCCUGAGAGUUUGGGACGGUCCAUCUGAGCCGUCGGACAGGGGGAUCCUUCUGAAGGAAUGGUCCGGCCCAGCCUUACCCGAAGAUAUUCACUCAACUUUCAACAUACUCACACUGCAGUUUGAUUCCGAUUAUUUCAUCAGCAAGCAAGGCUUUUCCAUACAGUUCUCCACCACUACAGCGACGACCUGCAACGACCCCGGCAUCCCGGUGAAUGGCUCUCGAUACGGCGACAGCAAGGAGCCCGGGGACAGCAUGACCUUCCAGUGUGACCCUGGUUAUCAGCUGGAAGGUCAGAACACCAUCACAUGUGUGCGGAUGGAUAACAGAUUCUACUGGCAACCGGAUCCUCCGACGUGUAUAGCCACCUGUGGGGGGAACGUCAGCGGACCGUCUGGAGUCAUUCUGUCUCCAAACUACCCUCAGCCUUAUCCCGCUGGGAAAGAAUGUGACUGGAGAGUCCGAGUCAACCCUGACUUUGUCAUCGCCCUCAUCUUCAAAAGUUUCAACAUGGAGCCAAGUUAUGACUUCCUGCACAUCUACGAGGGUGAAGACUCUAAUGGGCCAUUACUUGCAAGUCUCCAAGGCAACCAGGCCCCAGAGCGAAUAGAGAGCAGUAGUAACAGUCUCUUCCUGGCAUUCAGAUCUGAUGCCUCAUUGGGCAUGUCUGGCUUUGCCAUUGAAUAUAGAGAAAAACCAAGAGAGGCCUGUUUUGACCCCGGUAACAUAAUGAACGCCAGUCGCACAGGUUACGACUACAGACUGGGCUCUCAGGUCUCCUACAACUGUCACCAUGGCUACACAACUGUGGGCGGGGACACCAUCACCUGUGUCAUGGGCCAUGAUGGAAAGCCUGUGUGGGACAAGGCUCUACCUUCGUGUAAAGCUCCAUGUGGCGGACAGUAUGGUGGAUCAGAAGGGGUUGUUUUGUCUCCAAACUAUCCUCUCAACUACACUACCAGACAGACUUGCUCCUAUUACAUCACUGUGUCCCCACAGUUCGUGGUGUUUGGUCAGUUUGCCGUCUUCCAGACAGCGAUGAACGACUCCGUGGAACUGUUUGACGGAGCCAAUGAAAACGCUCGAUUACUGAGCUCCCUGGCCGGAUCACAUUCAGGAGAGACGCUUCCAUUGGCAACUUCCAAUCAGAUCAUGUUGCGGUUCAAUGCCAAGAGCGGCCAGUCGGCUAGAGGCUUCCACUUUGUCUACCAAGCUGUGCCUCGCACCAGUGACAGUCAGUGCAGCUCGGUGCCAGAGCCUCGGUACGGCAGACGGAUAGGAUCCGAGUUCUCGGCUGGCUCUGUGGUUCGGUUUGAGUGCAGUCCGGGGUAUCUUCUGAAAGGGUCCAAUGCUAUCUGGUGCCAGGCCGUACCAGGUGCCCUCGCACAAUGGAACUCAACAACACCAGCCUGUAUAGUUCCCUGCAGUGGCAAUUUGACCGAGCGUCGCGGCACAAUACUGUCUCCCAGUUAUCCUGAACCCUACCCUAACAGUCUCAACUGUCUGUGGAGGAUCCAUGUCAGUGAAGGGGCCGGAAUACAGAUCCAAGUGAUGACUUUUGCAACUGAACACAACUGGGACUCUCUGGAGAUCUACGAUGGAGGAGACAUGACAGCCCCUAAAUUAGGGUCAUUUUCUGGGACUACAGCCCCUGCUCUCCUCAACUCAACAUCAAACCAGCUCCUACUGCACUUUCAAAGUGAUAUCAGUGUGGUGGCGGCGGGUUUUCACCUAGAAUACAAAACUGUUGGUCUUACCACCUGUCCAGAGCCAAUGAUCCCGGCCAAUGGCAUUAAAAGUGGAGACAGAUAUAUGGUCAAUGAGGUGGUGGCAUUCACCUGUGAGCCUGGAUACACGUUGCAGGGCCACUCUCACAUUUCCUGCAUGCCUGGCACUGUGCGCCGAUGGAACUACCCACCUCCUCUUUGCAUUGCUCGCUGCGGCGGGAUCUUGUCUGAGAUGAGUGGUGUCAUCCUGAGUCCAGGUUUCCCUGGCAACUACCCCGGCAACCUGGACUGCACCUGGCAAAUCACCUUGCCAACUGGAUAUGGAGCCCAUAUUCAGUUUCAAAACUUCUCGUCUGAAGACAACCAUGACUUCCUGGAGGUCAGGGCUGGACCACAGCACAGCUCUGCUCUCAUUGGACAGUUUACCGGUUCACAGAUUCCACCUCCGCUGCUGAGCACUACCCACCUGACAAUUAUCCACUUCUACAGUGACCACUCCGAGAACAGGCCGGGAUUUAAACUGACCUAUCAGGCUUAUGAAUUACAAAACUGCCAGGACCCCUUUCCCUUCCCUAACGGUGACAUCAUCAACAGUGACUACAGUGCCGGCCAAUCCAUAACUUUUCAGUGCUAUCCCGGCUACGUUCUGAUUGGACACCCAGUACUGACGUGCCUGCACGGGACCAACAGGAAGUGGAACCAUCCAUAUCCACGCUGCGAGGCUCCUUGUGGCUAUAAUGUCACAGCGGAAAAUGGCACCAUCUAUUCACCACAGUACCCCAAUGAAUACCCCAACUCCCAAGAUUGUACCUGGCUCAUCACUGUCCCCCAUGGACAUGGAGUUUAUAUCAACUUCACCUUAUUGCAGACGGAGCCUGUCACUGAUUACAUUGCUGUCUGGGACGGCCCAGACACGUCUAGCUCUCAGCUUGGAGUCUUCAGUGGUAACACAGCGUUAGAGUCUGCAUACAGCACCAGCCCGAAGGUCCUGAUCCGCUUUCACUCGGACUUUUCAACAGGAGGCUUUUUCAUCCUCAAUUUCCACGCUUACCGACUGAAGAAAUGCCCUCCUCCUCCUGUUGUGGACAAUGCAGAGGUGAUCUCUGAAGAUGAAGACUUCCAGAUUGGUGACAUUGUGAAGUAUCGCUGUUUACCUGGAUACACGUUGGUUGGGAAAGCAGAGCUCAUGUGCAAACUCAACUCUCAUUUGCUCUUUGAAGCUCCGCCACCGUCGUGUCUCGCCCAGUGCCCAGCCAACGAGGAGCGAUCUUCGUCAUCGGGAGUCAUAUUAAGCCCUGGGUUUCCUAGCAACUACCCCAACAGCCAGACGUGCUCCUGGCUUUUACGUAUGGUUGCAGGUUUCACCAUUAACAUCUAUGUGGAGAUGUUCCACAGCGAGAAGCAGUUUGACGAACUCGAGAUCUUUGAUGGAUCCUCAGGACAAAGCCCCCUGCUUGUUGCACUAAGUGGUAACCACUCAUCUCAGCUCAACUUCACGUCCAAAACAAACCAGCUCUAUCUACGAUGGUCCACAGACCAUGCAACCAACAAGAGAGGAUUUAAGAUAAGAUAUUCAGCUGCUUACUGUAGCAUUAAUGAUCUCCCAGCAAAUGGGGGUGUGGUCAAUCGAACCAGACUCCGCCCUGGUAGCCGGCUUCAGUUCUUUUGCAACCAUGGUUACCGCCUCGUGGGGUCAGCCAAUGCUACCUGCAGGCUCCAUUCCAAUGGGCUUUUCCAGUGGGACACACCGCCACCUUUUUGUCAAGCUAUCUCGUGCGGAAUCCCUCAGUCACCAGGCAACGGGAGCUUCCACGGUUACCAGUACACAGUCGGUACCCAGGUGACCUACCACUGUAACCACGGUUACCACCUUGACCCCGGUGCUCCAAUGACACCAGAGUGUUUGGAGGACGGUAGCUGGAGUAACGCUGCCUCAGCACCCAGAUGUCUACCGGUUCACUGCCCGAGCGUUGAGGGCAUCUUGUCCGAGCACACGACCUACCACCUGCUCUACGGUAGGCAGGGAGAGUUUGGUUCCAUGGUGAUGCUGGAGUGCUCAACAGGAUACUAUUUAGGUGUCGGGCAUCGGACACUUCGCUGCCUCGCCAACGGCACCUGGGAGGGAUCGGAUAAUCCAGCUACUUGCAAGAUCAUCUCCUGCGGUGAGCUCCCUUCUCCACCCUUUGGGACCAAACUAGGGAUGUUGACCACAUUCGGAGCAACUGCAAUCUUUAUGUGUAACCAUGGCUACACCCUGGUGGGGUCACAUGUCAGAGAGUGCGGCGCUAAUGGGCUGUGGAGUGGCGCAGAAACCAGAUGUCUCGCCGGUCACUGUGACUCUCCAGAUCCUAUUGUCAACGGACACAUUAGCGGCGAUGGGUCAAGCUACCGUGACACAGUGGUGUACCAAUGCAUGUUAGGAUAUCGUUUAAUUGGCACAUCAGUUAGAAUCUGCCAGCAGGACCAUCGGUGGUCUGGAAUAACACCUGUCUGCGUCCCAAUCACUUGUGGUCACCCCGGAAACCCAAUCAACGGGCGGACCAACGGCAGCGAGUUCAACCUCAACGAUGUCGUCAACUUCACCUGCAACCGAGGUUACAUCCUGAGCGGGAACGCUCGAGCUCAGUGUCGUCUGAACGGACAGUGGAGCAGCCCCCUGCCCGUCUGCAAAGUGGUCAACUGUUCUGACCCGGGUCACGUGGAGAACGGUGUGCGCCAGUCUGGCCUACGUUACCCAGAAGUCUUCAGCUACGGCGUGAGCGUGGUGAUCCACUGCAAACGAGGCUUCUACCUGCUGGGAUCUGCGCUCCUCACAUGUCAACAUGACGGACGAUGGGACCGGCCAAUCCCUCGCUGCCAAGCGAUCUCCUGUGGAGAUCCCGGCAUUCCCCCUAAUGCAGUCGUGUCUGGAGCCAACAGCUGGACGUAUGGUUCAGAGCUGCACUACUCCUGCCUGCCUGGAGGGGUGCUGGUGGGCAACGUUACUCGCCACUGUCAGGAAGAUGGCACAUGGAAUGGUUCGCCGCCUUACUGCACAGGUGUAAGUCCAGGAGUCUGUGGAGACCCGGGAAUCCCUCCCCAUGGUGCCCGUCUGGGAGGUGAAGAGUUUAAAACCAAGAGCUUGUUGCGUUUCAGCUGUGAGGCGGGAUACAGUCUGACCGGCUCAGCUGAAAGGACCUGCCUUCACAACGGCACCUGGAGUGGCACGCAGCCUGUCUGUCAAGCCGUAUCCUGCGGUAACCCCGGCACCCCAGCUCACGGCAGGAUCGUCUUCAGUGACGGCGUCACCUUUGGCAGCUCGGUGGCUUACGCGUGCUGGGACGGCUUCAAAACAUCGGGCCUGACCAACAGGCACUGCACGACUAAUGGCACCUGGACAGGACAACCCCCAGACUGCACUGUGAUCACUUGUGGAGACCCUGGGCCUGUAGCCAAUGGGAUCUAUAUCGGAAAGGACUUCACCUUCAACCACACAGUGACUUAUCACUGUAACCCCGGUCACCUGAUGGAACCACCUGGACUUGGAUGCAGCGUCCUGCGCUGCACCAAAGAUGGAACCUGGAACCAAACCAAACCCAGCUGUAAAGUGAUCCAGUGUGGCCCUCCUCCUCAAGUGCAUCAUGGGAAAGUGGAAGGGACUGACCACUCGUGGGGAUCGAGUGUCAGCUACAGCUGUUUCCAUGGUUACCAGUUGUCCACUCCCGCCGUGUUAAGCUGUGAGGGGAAUGGCACAUGGACAGGAGAUGAACCCCAGUGUCUGCCUGUCCUCUGUGGCGAUCCUGGCUCCCCCGGAGGAGGAUUCAGAGAGGGGAACAGUUUUUCAUAUAGGUCAGAGGUCAGGUUCUACUGCCAUGCUCCCUACCUGCUGGUCGGCUCUUCCCUCCGAAUCUGUCAGGCUGAUGGAAUUUGGAGUGGCCAGCAACCAGCCUGUAUAGAUCCAGCCUUCAACAGCUGCCGUGACCCAGGAACUCCGGCCUAUGGUAUCCCAGUCAUGGCCCAGGGCUUUCAGGUUGGCAGUAAAAUUUCCUUCAAGUGCCGCAAGAACUACCACAUCCUCGGAUCGACCACAAGAACGUGUCUAGAGAGUCUCACGUGGAGCGGAACUCAACCCGAGUGCAUCGCCCAUUCCUGCCGACAGCCAGAGACGCCCAGUAAUGUAGACGUCCGCUCUAUGGAGCUGCCUACCCUGGGAUACACGCUGAUCUACACCUGUCAAGAUGGUUUCUAUCUAGCUGGGGGGUCUGAGCACAGAAACUGCAGAAGUGAUGGGAGAUGGUCAGGCAAACCCCCACUCUGCAAAGUUGGAGUGAAAGUCAAUCCCAAAGGCAGAGGAGAAUCAGAUGUCCAGAAGAACAAGAUACGUGUUUCCAUGGAUGUCUUCUCUCCAAACUCUGAGUGGAGCGGUUUCUACGAGUAUCUGGGAAAGAGACAGGCCACCACGUUGACAGUUAACGGGUUCAAUGCCACCAGUGGCAGAGUUAACAUCACAUUACUGGAGACCAGCGGAGUGUCAAUCAGACUGUCAGGUACUUAUAAGUCAGAGGAAAAUCAACUGCUGUUGAAAGUCUACCAGGUGAAGGGUCCAACAGAGCAUUACUACAGCAAGUUUAAAAACGACAACUGGGCAAUGGAUGGAUAUGUUACUGCAGAAUCAGACCAGAAGACGUUUGUUUAUCAGGGCCAUAUUCACAGUAAAGACUUUGGAAAGUUCCAUCUAAUGAGACAAGGCCCCGUUACCAUGGCAAUGGAUCCAUCCAACCCCUACACAAACAGCAGCUCUGUGGCAGCAGCCAUCUUAGUUCCCUUCUUUGCCCUCAUCCUGUCUGGAUUUGCCUUCUACCUCUACAAGCACAGGACGUUGUCCGCUGACACAGAUGACAAUGAGAGACCAAAAGACACCUGGGGGCCUGGCGGCAGGACACGUCCAAAGGUCCAGUUCAACGGCUAUGUCAGCCAUGAGAGCUCCAACGGUCAGGCAUCGUUUGAAAACCCAAUGUAUGAUACGAACAUGAAACCUACUGAGGCUAAGGCAGUUCGCUUCGACACCACACUAAAUACAGUCUGCACUGUGGUAUAGUCCAGCAAACCUGCCACUUUACAGUGGUUUAGUCCAACCUCCAUACUGCAGUGUGCAGUGUGGUUUAACCAAACAAACAAAAAAGACAGAACAAACUCGUGUUUUGGAUGUGUCACAGUGAGCAGUCUGUGUUGUAGCAUGCUGGUCCCUCAUAGGUCAGCGUAACCUGCACAGUCACGCAGCUCCGCUGUUGCUCUGCUCCUGAACAAUGGUAUCAUACGCCACUCCCAAUAGUCUGAAAGCGAUAACGAAGUUGGAACCAACCAACGAGGGAGUAGACAGUGACGUCAUCAAGUUAAAUGAAGUCUGUUGUUCAGGAGGUCAAUACUGGGACCAGAAUUCUUCUUAAGCACCAAGCAGUGCUGAUACAGUGUCACCUGACUGACUGCAAAAACAAUGACCCAGCCUUCUUAUGGAAAGGGCUUUUUAUUGCCUCUCAAAUUCCCUCCCUGCAACUUGAAUCAUGGUUUAGCCCAACCUCACCCCUUACCCCCCCCAAUGCUAAAUUUGCACAGUGGUAUAGGCUUACUAACUCCUCCUGCUGUAGGCCAGACAUGGGUUUGACCACUGCAAGGUUCUACCCUCAGGGGAAGCACAUAGACUAUUCCACCUCACUGCUCCCUCCAGAUGUUGCAUAGUAAUUGGACGAUUUCUAUAAUAGGUCAACAAAAGGAAAACAUCACUGGUGCUGGACCAAAACCUCCCGCUGGACUUCCAUCGAGCUGCACUUGACGGGACUGGACUCUGAUUCAGUGACAACUCAAAGAGUCUGUUUUCGUGAAAUUGGAUAUUAAUUGUGAAUGCUGACGACCAAACGCAGUCAAUGCAGGCACAAGUUCAUCCAGACCAAUUCUUUUACAGAACGUGACCCUCAUAUAAGUAAAUUAAUACCCGGGGUGGGAAACCAGUGGAAUAUGACAGAUUGAGAUAACUAUAGCAGGUCAAUUUGAAAUGUUUUAGCCUACACUUGGAACAGAAUGCGUGCGGUUUAAUAUAGCAGGACAAUCACAGAGUAUGGUAAGUUGUUUGUUGUUUGUU